AUGGGGCUUGAAAUACCGCUGCCGAAUGGAAUACCAUUGAACAGACGUCAAAAGUCUAUUCUAGAAGAAUACGAUAAACUCAAGGAGAUCGGGUCCGGCACGUACGCGAAGGUGUUUCAAUUGCGGCAUAAGAAGACGGGGAUUGUGACAGCGGGUAAAGUGUUACGGCCGGAGCAUUUUCCUAGUAACACUGAGAACCGUGUGGUGAUGAUGUUUGUGAAUGAGAUCCAGUUGUUGGCGAAGUCUCAGUGUCCUGGUACGGUGAAGUUGUUCAACGUGGAAUGGAGUCAUGAUGGGAUAUUGCUGAACCUGGAGUACGUGGAUGGCGGUACAGUAUGGAAGGAGCAAGUGUGUCCGACACCGUUGUUGCGAUGGACGCAUUUGGUGCAGCUCGUGCAGGGUGUGCAGCACUUGCACUCGCAAGGUGUAGUGCAUCGCGACCUGAAGCCCACAAAUAUCUUGCGGACGACAAACGGUUUGUUGCGCAUAGCUGAUUUUGGAUGGGCGGAGACGAUUAAUAAGCUCAAAUCAUCUAAUGGCGAGUGGCCGGGUACACUGGAGAUUAAUCCUCCAGAGGUCCUAACAUUUUCGGGACCGCUAACGGAACGUAUUGACAACUACGCGGUGGGCAUGAACUUCUUGCUCUUUAUCAGCAAUCGGUUUGUGUGCCGUCAGAAGAGCGUAGAAGUCAAUGCUGCCGCCAACGUGAUCCUUAAAAUGGUCAGUAGUCUUCGCACGGCUAAGAAGACACCACCCAACUUCACUGUCGAGACCUGGGAACUCUUCCUAGGACUCACACACCCUGAUCCCGUACAGCGAUGGAGCCUGUUACAGGUAUGCCAUCACCCUUGGAUCGUCAGGAACUAUCUACAAUUUGUCAGCGACCGAGCAGCCUCACACACGCUCGACUGCGUACUCUGGCAUGAACCCACCAGAAAAAUAUUCCAGUCAUAUAGAGUCGUACCCCCUCUCCCCAGCCACACUCCCCCCUCACUACUACAUCGCGUUUUCCCCCGCGCCUUCGCAGACCACCACCACCACAGACAUCGCGAUAAAGACGAACAACAAACAUAG